AUGGCGUGCAUGGCGGGCCUGCUGACAUGUGUUUACAUUCUCAAUCACUUGCCAGUGUUCGCUGCGCUGCAACGCUCUAUUGAGGGUCUAGACACAGCAUCGCACUUCAUGGAGUUCGUCAGAGUUUACGGUUACAUUUAUCUGCUGGACAGCUUUGAGAUAAAGCAGCAUGAUGAUGAAGAUGAAGAUCGAGAGGAAGAACAGGCUUCCGAGUUGCUGCUGUCAUCACUGUCGCAUGACGAAACUGAUACACGACCCGUACCCCCAUCCUCUCCAGGACGCGACUCUCCCACCAGCUACGAACUGCGUCGCUCGUGGAGCAACCGUGCCCAUCGCAAGCGCAGUGUAUUCCAGGAGUUCAUUGGUCUUGAGUUGGAACACAGCGGUGGCUACUGUUACGUCGUUGUAUGGUGCUGCCUUGCUCUCAUUCUCUACAAGUUCCCGUGGCUGCUGUGCUUGCUGCUCAUCCCUGCCACGUUGAUUGUGGUACGACUCAUCCUGGAGCGAUUCAGCAUUGUUGACACCACCCGCAAGCUGCUUUCCAGACCCCAGCACUUGAUCGGUACAUGGAUACACUCGCGUCGAGAUGUGCUCAUGCCUCCACCAAUGCGCGCUAUCCUCAGAUUUAUCAGCCAAGGAGACAAGAAGAUAGUCAGUGGUCUGCUGUCGACAACGGACAAGUUUGUGCCCUUGCUGUUGAUCCUAGUGUUGUGUGUGACCACUCUCCUGAUGGCAUUCUUCUUGGCUGUUCAGGUACAAAGUGAGAGGGGCCACAUCAUUCAACAAAGCACCACUCUUGGACAGCACGUCAUUGAGAUGUAUCCAGAGUUGAGAAGUAUGUGGCAGGGUGAAGGCAAUGCCACGGGUAUGUUACAAAGCAUGAAGGAACAAGCACAUCAGCAAGGUCGAAAUUGGAUACGCACCGGGGUCAGAUCUGUGGUAUCCAGCGAUAACGAUGAUAUCGAGGAUCAGCUAAUGCUUGCCUGGGAUCAGCUUGUGCGACUAUGGACAAAUGAAAGUGUGGUUGUGUGUAGCAAUGUGAGUGGACUGAGUGCCAGUGAAGUGUCUUCUCAGAUCAACAUGACAUCAGUAUUUACUACCGUCAGUAGCAAUGUGGCAACAUUGCAUACGCUGCUUGACUCGGCGUGGGUGGUUGUCAAGGGCAACGCUAAACUACUGAUGGGCGUGGUGACGGCGAUACUCUCCAUCUUGCUGGACAGCAGCACAGCUGUGUUAAACCUUGCUGUGAAUGUUGUGAUAAUCCUGACUUCACUGAUGUAUUUGCUGGCUGCAUCUGACCGUCAGUACAUACCACUGACAUGGCUGACUAGUCUAAUGCCUUCGGAGGCUGGUGCAAAGUCACAAGCUGUUACCUCAGUAUCCAAUGCAGUUCAGGGAGUAUUUGGUGCAUCUCUAAAGAUGAUAACAUUCUACAGACUGUUUACAUUCUUCACACAUACUCUGUUUGGAUUUCAAGUGGUCUUUACGCCGGCAGUAAUAUCAGCUUUGUUUGCCGCCAUACCUCUACUAGGCAGCUACUGGGUAGCACUGCCCGCAUCACUCUACCUGGCUGUAGCGCAACAGUCCUGGAUCAAAGCAUCACUGCUGUUCGGCCUGCACUUUCUCUGCUACAAUGUUGUCGACGUGGCCAUAUACUCUGAGAUCAAAGGUGGUGGACAUCCAUACCUGACCGGCUUGGCUGUGGCCGGCGGCAUGUACAUAUUUGGACUGGAAGGCGCAGUCACUGGCCCUAUCAUCCUGUGCUGUGGCCUGGCAGCCAUGGACAUCUACCGCACCAUGCGCAAUGCUAGUAUUCAGAAAACCUAGCCACAGUUAUCAGCAUCAGCACCAUCACCAGCAACACAUCUUUACAGGUCAAUCUCCCUGUUUGUUGUUGUGGAUCCAUGUUUCAUGUUGGGAACGGAAAAUGUUAUCUCAAUUCCGUAUUUGCUGCGAAUGGUGUCCAAUUCUUGAAAGUUAUUUAUUGAGAUCAUGAUAAUUCAAUUCUGGAAAAGAAGUUUGACGAAAUUUAA